GUUGGGGGACACAGGGGUGCUCCAGACCCUCCCAGCACUGACUCUGCCCCUCUCUCCUCUUAGCCGGCUCCAGUGCCCAGACCCAAGCCCCCCCACUGCUCAAUGGACACCCCCAGCCCAGACCCGUUGCCUUCGCCUUUGCCCAGGGAGGAAGAGAAACCUCUGGCCUUACCUCCUCCUGUUCCCCGGGGCCGUCGAGGCCGACGUCCCGGGGGGGCCACCUCCUCGAAUCGGACGCUCAAAGCCUCCCUCCCUCGCAAGCGGGGCCGCCCCCCCAAGUCAGGGCAGGAGCCCCCGCUGGCGCAGGGAGUGACAGCCCCAGUGGGCAGCAGUGGUGGCAGCGACCUCCUGUUGAUCGAUGAUCAGGGUGUGCCCUAUACAGUCUCUGAAGGGUCAGCGGCAGGUGGGCCUGAGGGCUCUGGCCCCAAGAAGGCCCCGCACUUCUGCCCUGUGUGCCUGCGGGCCUUCCCCUACCUCUCCGACCUAGAGCGCCACAGCAUCUCGCACUCAGAGCUGAAGCCGCACCAGUGCAAGGAUUGCGGCAAGACCUUCAAGCGGUCCAGCCACCUGCGGCGGCACUGCAACAUCCAUGCCGGCCUGCGGCCCUUCCGCUGCCCACUCUGCCCCCGCCGCUUCCGCGAGGCCGGUGAGCUGGCCCACCACCACCGCAUCCACUCCGGGGAGCGUCCCUACCAGUGCCCCAUCUGCCGGCUGCGCUUUACAGAGGCCAACACGCUCCGGCGCCAUGCCAAACGCAAGCACCCGGAGGCCAUGGGGGUACCCUUGUGUCCCCCGGACCCAGGGCCUGAACCGCCGUGGGAUGACGAGGGCAUCCCAGCCACAGCAGGGGCCGAGGAAGAGGAGCCGGAGGGGAAGGAGUCAGCCUGACCCACACCGCCGGCCACUGCUCCCUGGGCCAGGGCCAGGUUUAGAGUUGGCAGUUGGGCUGGUGCUGGGCCUGGGGAAGGGGGCCGGGGCACCUUUGUUUCUGAAGGUCUUCCCGUUGUGGGAGGGGGUGAAGGGCGGAGACCUAAACUUCUGGGUCCUGCUGCCUUCUGCCCGCUUCUUCCGGACUGACAGGCCCUUGGAGGCAGGGGCUCUGGAAAUAAAUCUCUGCCUACUGGC